AUGUGUGGAUCUAUCUCUGCAAUAUCUCUGCAAGUGUGGUUGACACUGAUGUUGCUCUCUCGACUACAAGGUAAGGUCCUUGCACCACCUCAUCUUCAGGCGAUGGCUGGACUUCCCUUCAUGCUGGCCUGUAAUAUUACCAUGGAGACAGGAGAGGUUUUAAAACAAGUACUGUGGUUAGACAUGGCAAAUAAAACUAUACUCCACUAUCAGCCUGAUAAGAAUGAUCAUAUCACCAAAGUGGAUGGAGUCGAGCUUUCACAGCAAACCGCAGGUCAACAAGCUCACACCAGCGUCAUCACCAUCAGAAGAGCCGCGCCAGCCAACGAGGGCUGCUACCAGUGUCUUUUUGAUGUGUACCCAACCGGGCAGCAGAGAGGAAGGACAUGUCUUUCACUUACAGGUCUGUCUGUUUAUGUCCUACCCAAACCUGAGGCCAGUUACGUCACCGUAUCAGAGGACAUUGUUGAGGCGAACUGCUCAGCCGUGUCACGUCCUGCAGCAGAGAUCUCCUGGAACGUGGAGGGUCAUAAUCAAACACUGGGCCCUGCUGUCACAUCAUUUUACCAGCUAGGGGACGGCACCACAAUGGUGGUCAGUUCCAUUCAAAUGCAGGCUGAGCUACUGGACGAUGAACUUGUGAAGUGUGAAGUUCGUCACCAAGGCCUUGAGUCUGCAAUCUAUGUGUCUCUGAAUAAAUAUAGGAACUUUCAUGUCAUUCCCAUUUCAGCCAGCUGUGUGGCCCUUGUGCUGCUCAUAUGUCUGUGUAUCUGCCUGAAGAGGUGCUAACUUCACCUGCUGAUAUGGCUGCCUGAAAUGAAAGGAAAUGCUGCUGUGUUCAGAUGUUCUCCCUGACCAAACAACGGUGUUCCCUCUGUCUGAAUCACAGACGAAUCUGAGUCAACGUCUUCUAAUAUAACUGAUAUUCAGUGUAACAGUAUAAAAACAAAAAUUGAAUUGCAACACUUUCAACACUAAAUGCCUAAUUUAUUCUAGACGGUAUAUUUUAGUGAAGCAUUUUUUUAGCCGAACUCUAGUGAAUCAUACUCGUUAAAGUAACCUACAUCUAAGCAGACUUAUAUUAUCUGAAAGCUGACAUUCUGUAACCAUAGAGAAGUCAAUAGCCAGAAAAAAAUUGUAUUGUUAGCUUUACUGAUGUUUUGAUGUGUGUAAUAAAAAUAACAAAGUUUUAUCAGGGGAAACACUUUAGACAUGAGCACCUAUUUGGCCUUUGGUGCCAAGUUAUUGUCUUGAUGUUUGGAUUAAAGUGAUUCAAUUAUUGCAAACAUUUUCCCUCUAGAGGGAAUUACACUCAUAGCUUAAAACAUGUGUCGUUCUGAAAUGAGGUAUUUCCAUUCCCCUACUCAGCUCUUUGUGUUUUAUAUGAAGUUCUCUGAAACCUCUCAAAUAAUAAAGGAAACAUGAUCUUUGUUAAUCAAAUUUUGUGAUAUUGUCGGGCAUAAGAUGAAAAAGAUAUUGUUAAU